AUGUGGCGGUGUUGUGGCCGAUUGCACGUUGCGUUGCUGCGGGGGCGGCGGCCAUUGAUUGUUUCACCGACAGGCGUUGCAGUGCGGCUGCAUGGCGCACCGACCGCCCCGCCGUGCGAGUGCCACGCCCAACGCUAUUGGGACUGCGGGAGGAAACAGCCGCGAGUGUCCUUUGGAGCCAGCGGCACCUGCUGGCCGCAGUUGGGCGGUGCGAGUGGGAUGCUUCACCGCACGGGUGUUGUGAUGGCACCUCGAAGCGGCAUCCCCGGCGAUGGUUCCGACGCUGCAACUCGCAGAGGAGUGGAGGAAACGCAGCAACCAAAGUGGACCAUGAGCAGCAGCGUAGAGGACAUGCUGCUGGAGGGAAGCACUAACUGGACCAACAUGAAGCUGAAUGAUUUCCUUCGGAGCUACUUGGGCGGCACGGCGGCUGUUGAUGAAGACCUCAACGUGACGAUGCAGGCGUUUGUUCGGAGUCCCAAUGCUUACGUACAAGAACCGCAGCUUCUUGAAGGGAUUAUUAAUUUAACAGAGUACCAAGCGCUGGAGGAAAGGAAAAUACUAUUGGAGGCUAUUAAUAAGCUUCGUCACGAGGGUGUUGUCUCGCUUGAACAAUGGAGGGACUAUGAAGGAAAGGAUACAAUCACUCCUUUUCCAAAGGCAAAACUAAACAGAGUUCUCACUCAGAUACAGACAGAAGAAAGGCUGAGACGAGCGCAAGGAAUGAAAUUUACCAUUUCCACUAAUAUCGAAGAUGUACUGUUUAAAGGAGGAGUCCGCGUCAAUGAAAUGAAGCUGAAUGAUUUUCUUACGAUGGAAUUGGGCGGCAGGGGCGUUGUGGCCACCAAUCGGAGUGUUUUGCUGAAGGAGUUUUUCAAGGAUCCCAAGAAAUAUAUCCGUGUUAAAGGAGCGUUGAAAGAAAUACAGGCAUCAGAUGCUUAUGCGAGGAUGGAGGGGGCUGUGAGGGAUGAAAUAAUCUUCGAAGAAGAUCAAAGUAAGCUUCGCGAUAAGGAUGUCAAGAAUCUACUUGGGUGGUCAGAAGCUGCUGCAAACGUAAAAACAACUGUUCAUAACUUCACUAAACGGUUAUUGGAUGCAGCCCUUGAGGAGGUGAGGAACCCAAUGAGGAUGAGUGCAGCGAUGAAACUGGAGGGAUUGUACGAGUCUGUGUACAAUGCGAGGUGGAGCCAUGUCGUGGAAGUUCCUGACAGCAAGAAAACGAACAAGGGGAUGGGAAUGGAGGCGAAGGAGGGGAAACCAGAAAAGUCAUGGAGGUACAAUGCAGUUGGCGAAACUUUCGAAAGGAAUGACGCCGUGCAGAAAUCCGGUGAAGCACCUCCCAGGCUGAUGGUGCUCGCCUCGGACAAGGGAUGGCCGUACUCGUGGCAUAUGACACAGGAUUCCUCGAAGGACUUUUUUGUUAACUGCGAGGUUGAACGAGUGUGGCGGAUCGUCAGGAAUGAUUUAGCCGAGUGGCUCAGCAACUUUGACUUGGCUCUCAGUUCUUCACCCGUGUGGCGUCUGUUGAUUGGGACGCCCGGGAUCGGGAAAUCGGUGGCUGCCGGCUCGUACCUUCUCUACCAGCUGCUGCACUGCGAUGUGGAAGAGCUCCAAGUGAUUGUCCACUGUUUUGGGGAUACGGCGUACGUGUUUGACAAGACCACCAAAACCGUGACAAAAUACGAGGGUAACAAAACAUCGAAGAUUGUUUUGGGUGGUUUGAGGCAGCGUGGGAUGAAAGGGUACAUUAUUUACGAUGUGGCAAAGAAGGGAACACCGCCCGAAACAGGUUUUGCGCCCUCCACCGGAUGGGGCAUGAUUGUGGUCUCAUCGCCAAAGGUAAGCAACUAUGAUGAGUGGGAGAAGCAAUUAAAAGCCAGGCGAAUCAUCAUGAAUUGUCCCGACGAGAUGGAUGUGAAGGCGAUGUGCGCAUGGAUGAAGCGUGAUGAGACUCCAGAUAAGCAAGUGAAAUACUGGAAGAAGGUCGAAGAACACAUGGAAAAAUUGGGGCCGAUUCCACGUCACAUCUUCGAUGCGAAUGAAUAUAGAAAACGCACGCAAGAUGUUAUGAGGGCCUUGAAAUGGAUCAAUAUUGGGGAGCAAAGAAAGUACUUUACAAAGGGAGGAGAGCAAUGGUAUUCCGAGGAUCCGUCUCACAAACUUGUGAAGAUUGUCCGAGUAAGAGAAAAUGGCCCAUUUGAGGAAUUCAGUAAUGCACCUAUAUGUACUUAUCUUGGGGUUUUAACGUUAUCUCGUUUGGCAAAGGCGCUGAGUCCGCAUGAUAUUCUUUUCCUCGUAUUGGGGAUGAAGAAUGUUCUUCAACCUGCAGAUUUGGAAAAGUAUGCUUUGACCGUAUUCUUGAGUGUGGAGUUUGUCACUUCCAUAGUGAAGGAUCUCAAGGAGCUGCCGCCACCAUCGCCUUCCGAAACACGGUCCUCGGUGCUAACGUUAAACCCUCAUGGUUACCCCACCGAGGCAGCUGCAAUAACUGAACUGAAGUUUAUUAAAGGCCCGCAAGAAUUAAAGUAUCGGGUGCUGUACAUACCGACGUUCCCAACCUUUCCGCUGGUGGACGGCUUUUUCUUCAUGGAGUCACCGCGGAGGACGCUGGUCGGGCUGCGGAUGACUACGGCGAGUGCGCAUCACACGACAACCAGCACCGUGAAUCUGUUCACUGAGUAUCUGGCGGCUUAUUUUAAAGGUUGGAACAAAUUGUCCCCAGACAUGUCGUGGGAGAUGAUUUAUAUACAACACGCAGACAGCACGCCGAUGGAAAAAUGGCAGAGAUGUGAUUACGUCAAUCCCAAGAAUGAAACCGACGCUGAAAAAAAAAUUGUGGCGUUCUGGGACGGAAGUGUACACCAAUACCGGGUUAUGUUAAAAGGUAAAUUUCCUGAGGAAAUCAAAUUUUCUCAUGAUGGUCUACCUGAGAGGGAUGAAAAAGGCAAGAAAAUUGAAAAAAAUAAGUAG